GUGAUUGACCAUUUUCUGAUGAAGUGGAUUAUACUUGUUUUCAGUCUCUUCAUAAACCUGGUGUCUGCACGGUACGGUGCUUAUAUCUCCUUGCAUAAAAAUGAAGAGUGGGGGCAAACCUCAGAUUGCUUUACCGUCCAAGGGGGUAAAUCGGCAUAUAUACAGAUUGAAAUCCUGAAGUUUGAACUCUUAGAUCUUUCUAAAAUAAGAUAUAGUGAACCAUCGGAGAAACUUCCUGAACCGUCGGAGAAACUUCCUGAACCAUCGGAAUAUAAGUUGCCAACAUUAAUGUACUAUAUGAGUGAUAGAGAAAAGUUUCAAGAUUUCCCUAAUUAUGAUUCUGAUUUUCCUGAAGGUGGUACAUUUAAUACCACACUUAAAGAGCCCGGGUCUCUUGACAGCAGCAGAUAUGUCAACUCCUUCUUAAGUACUGACAAAACGUCAAGUAAUUUUCAACUUCGUCUUGAAGCUCCUCAAACUGGUAAGUACUGUGUAUUUAUGCACAGUCCAGAGACAAUAGGCUUCGAAGCCCCCAUUGAAAUUCGUCACGAAUACGGGUAUUUGGAAUUUAGUCAUUAUCAAGAAUAUUUACAAGAUAGGAGGGCAUACUUUGCUUUAUUGGCUUUAGUGAUUGUGUGUAUGGUCGACAUGACGGUUUUCGCAGGCUUUAAGCUAUCAAAACCAAGCAAGCUCUCGAUUAUCACCAGGUCAGUGGUUGCAUUGAUUCUUCUCCCAUACUUGUUCCUCCAGGGUACCUCGUUGAUUUUUGAUUCCUGGUUAAAUAUCCAGGACAACGGAAACUCGGGAUUGGUAUUUGUCUCCAAAGAAUUUAUUCAAUGGCUUAAAAAGAGCUUUCUCAUAGUCACUGACUUCUACGUUCUUGUGUUCUGUUUAGGAUAUGGUACUAUCUAUUACCAUAUACCUACUAAAAAAUAUCAACAAUUACUGUUAACUGAUGUCAAAGUUGGCCUUGCAAUAAUGGUGGCUAGGCUUUUCAUGUUCUUUAUUGAUGCCAGUGCAGAUGCCUACUCAAUGGCAGUUCACACCAAAAUCUUGGAUGAUUAUCCCGACUUAUAUGAGAAUGAUCAUAUCGGUACAUUAUUAGGAUACUCGUAUGAUUUAAUCCGGAUUCUCGGUGAAUGCAGCAUAUUGCUAAGCAUUAUUUACGCCUUGAGAACCAGAAAAAGCUUCUUCGAAUUCAUUCCAGAUGUGUCUAUGAAAGAGAAGUACGGAGUCAGAAACAUAAAGAUCAUGAGAUUAUUCAUUGCUACUGUUUUAAUAGUGUGGUUGCUUCCAUUAUUGUUGCAUGUCUAUAAUGAUAUGGCAAUCAAUCGUCUUCAUAAUAAGUUCUACCCAAGGCCUGCAAAAGGAAGCCAUUUUCAUAUAGACUUUUAUGACAGUACCCGUGCUAAACGAUGGAUGUUGGACAUUGCUAUUGCCAAAGUUGAAACAUGGACAAAGGCAGCUGGAAGGUUAACCUUCACGAUUCUUUUCUACGUAUUCUGGGUUAGGCCCAAUAGAGGAUUAGUGUCCGAUGAAGUUGAGUAUAGUCCACUUGCGUAGAUAUUGAGUGAAUAUACAUCAGAAGUAUAAAACAUUGGAAAUGAGCAAAUUAUAGGGUUGAAAUUCAAUGCUAUCCUGCAUCACGUGCGCAGAUAAAGAGCCAAUUGGAUGCAGCGCAGGAAUCCCGUUUCAUGUGGGCCCCGACAGGGAUAGGGCGAAACGGGACUGGAAUAAGGCGACGGCAAAGGGGCAUAUGACUCAAAAUUAGUCAUACUGACAGAGGGA